GUCGUUCGGGUCAUUUCGUCUGCUCAUCUCCGAGAUCGCCCCGUCCUGCGACCACCUGUACUGCACCUGCAACUGCACCUAUACGGGAUUACCGAGAAGAGAGAACCGACAUGCGAACCUUUAUCCCGUUCCUCGUGGCGUUGGUCAAGAUGGCGGCGGCGAGACCGGAAUCCAUAGACUUCCGCACAGGAAAUCAUAUGGAAGAUAUGGCACUAUUGUUCAACAAUCUCGGAGGAACAUAUACCCAAAAUGACAUAAAACCUCUGAACAAUCUAGGAAUAAUCAGGCCACACGAGGAAACCGACGGAUCGAAUUUUCACCACGGGUGGAGAGAGUUCGAACCGAAGCCUCGACCGGACGCCAUUUUGAGGAAACCCGUCGCGCUCGGGAAAGUUGAAGAAAGAAGGUUGGAAAAUCAAGAUGAGCACCCAAGAUCCAUGGAGGAUUACGAGGAUGCGGAAUUGUCGCAGCUAACAAGCUUCUUGACGGGACUUCUACAAGGACCGGGUGCGUGGGAGUCUCCUCUGGUUCUCAUCGAAGAGCCUCCCAUGUGGGAAGAUACGGAUGUGAAUCCGGAUUCGAUCGACAUUAGCAGCCGACCCGUUUGGAAGAGGUCCAGAUACUACAGGCGUUAUCCCUGGAAAAGACAGAAUUCAAGGUAAUCCCGCAACAUGCAUAACUACGACUACGACGCCUCUCGCUACCUUUGCACCCCCACGAGAGAAGACAUCUUCCAACUCCUGGUGGCUCUUCAUGACGCUCGUCAAGGAAACAGGUCGAGGACGGUCAACUUCUGCAACCGACGAAGGCCAGCCAGUGCGAUCUUCACGAACAUCCGCUUCCUAGGUCGUCGGAAAUAAAAUCCAAUGUUAGGGAUACCUGACCUCAC